AUGUGGGCCGUCCUUCGUUCCCCAACAACUCGGACGGCUGCUUUACGCGUAUUCUCCACAUUUCAUCCUCUCAAAGUCGCCUCUCGCACCAUCCAGGCAAAAAAAUGCAUCGAAGCACUCCAAAAAUCCACACAUGACAAACUCUGGACACUCGUAGUGGCAUUGUGGUCUGCCAACAAGACGCCAGAGCUUUCGAGGGCUCUCCAUGAAAAUGGCUUGUCCAUGAAUAAUUAUAACGAAUGGCGACACAUCUUGGCGGAAAAUGACAUAACCAAAGCUGUUUCUCUCAUCGAGCAGCGCGGUUACAAAGUUAAACCCGCUGAUGUUAACACUGAGGAUUGCAACCAGAACAUUGCCAGGUUGCCAGACUUACCUUCAUGGGUUGUACUCUAUCUUGUUGGCUACAAAGUGCGCACCCCUGCACACGCAAGUGGGCCUCUGAUGGAUUUGGUUUACUCCCAUCUCGACGGCGCACCAGUGCAGGUUCAAGGGCCCCUCCUCAUCUUAACAACCGUUCAUCUUGCGAGAUUCAACCUCUUACUACCCCUCCGCCGCAUUGUUGAAUCCUUUCUCUCCAUACCUCUCCUCCAACCCUCCGUCGAAUUCAACCUCUUCCUCCGUGCUAUGUCGUGCAUCCCUUACCGUUCAGUAGAGAACGCAAACAACAUAGUUUCCAUCGUACGCGCAAUGGAUGCACGCCAGCUUAAGCUCCAGCCAGAAACGUACGACGCCCUCCUCAACGACCGUUUCCUCACCCUUCAACUUACGAAGUUUCUACGCGAACGUAUGGUGCGGGAGGGGUACACACCCAAAGCUGCGCAGCUGGAAGCAUAUCUCCGGUUCUUUGCAAAGGAUGGAGCGAUCCACAAUGCUAAAGAUUAUUUUGAUGCCAUUCAUUACCGUACCACUGAGCAAGACCCACCAUCCGAGCCAGUGCAUCCUUCACAGAAUCCCCAGUAUCGCGCCAACACCUUAUUCCUCGGUGCCCAUGAAGAUCGUGCUUCUGCUUUCAAGUUCCUGCGCGACCUCAGGGUUGAAGGACCGUCCGAGGCAAAACCCUCUUCUAGACCAGCAACAGAGAGACGAGUCUCGCAUCUAGUUCACAAACGAAACGCAGAUAUCUACGAUUUUACUGCAGCACUAUCUGUUGCAGCAAAAGAUCUAACAACCAACUCUAAACAGUUGGUCAAAAUCUUUCAGCGCAUGAUGUUGACAGUCCGACCUACAGUCGCUACUUAUACCAUCAUGAUCCGAGGUCUUCUGCUUCGCAAAGACCCCCAUAAUGCUGUGCGUCACUGGAACCUCCUGCUCAAAACGGGCUUAACGAUUGAUAAAAUGGCGUUGACCGCUGGCUUACAAGCUGUAACGAAGAUCGGGCAUCCUCAUGCAGCGUUUGCGCUCCUGGAGAAAUACGCUAAGCGUCCAAGGGAUGGCGAUGAAGUGAUCGACGAAUUCCGGUCACCGCAUCCUGUUCAGCUCACCCCAGUAUCGAUGAAUGAUUUCUUGGUUGCUCUUAAUAGGAUUGCUCGACCUGAUGUGGUGUUCAAGAUGUGGGACCACAUGCCAGAUCUGUAUGGAAUAUACCCAAAUUCCGAAACGCUCUCCAUCGUCUUACAAUCCGCACGGCUCGCGUGCAAGUUGGACGACUCCUUCUCUGGCACCGUUGCAGAGCUCGCACUACGCAACCCAUUCAGGAAACGUAAGCCCCAGGGCGUGUUGAGCAGAGAAGAUGCGGUACUCUCCGUAGAGUCCGUACUGGGACAAAAGAACCUCAAAAAGUAUCAAUCAAGUAUCUGGAACGACCAAACGCCAUUCGACGCUGCACGCAAAUUGUUCCUGCAAGCCCUCUUUGGGAUGGACACCUCUGGACGCCUCUUGGAAAUCCAACCACCCGCCAACGCCGUCCGAGACUCGUUCGACGCAGACGCCUCACCCGGGAUCGGAUUCCCCUCCCUCCGAACGCGAACAUACCAAUUCAUACCUCCCCCAGACCUCUACCUCCUUUCCCCCACCACACAAGAAAAGAAACCGCACUUUCCCCAAAUAGUAGUCACCAACGCGAACUGCUUCAACUACAUCACCCUCCUCGGGCUCUCCAACGCUUCCUCCUCGCACGUGGGUGAGAUCCCACUCGUGCUAGCGUGGAUGCGGGCUCUGUCGAUCCAGCCGUCGAAUUCUACGUUGGCGGUUGCGUUGAUGUUGUGGUACGAGGUGAGUGUGCAGGCGCCGUUGGUGGAGAAGUUGAGUGGGGGCCCCGAGAGGGGUGAGUAUGCAAGGUUGGUGGAGUGGGUGAGGGGGUGGGUUGGGGAUUAUAGAGUUCCGGAUGCGCAGCUUUUGGCGAAGUGGGGUGGGAUCAUUAGGAAGAUGAGGACAUCUGGGGAGGGGAGAUAG